AUGAGCGACGCUUUCUUCUCCAAGCCGCGCCCGUUCAGCAAGCGCAAGCGCGACGACGCAGCCAACACCUCACGCCAGGCCAGUCGGCACGGCACAUCUGCUCGCGGCGCGGCUCUCUCGAGGGGCGGCAAAGAGCGGACGAACGGUCGGAAGGGCGUUGCUGGAGCUGGUGCGAACGCCUCGCGGAACAAGGGCAAGCGACGGGCCGAGGAGGACGACGAGGAGCUCGAUGCUGAUGGGGGAGACUUCGACUCGGAUGAGGUUGGGUCGGACGAAGCAGAGGGCGCAGAGGAGGGAACGGACGAGGAGGACGACCUGGAAACGCCUGCGCAGAAGCGAUUGAGGCUGUCGCAGAUGUACCUCAAGAGUCUCGAGAAGGACAAGGAGGAGGAGUACGGCUUUGAUGCGGCAGAUCUGGACCGGGACAUCAUCGCGGAGCGGUUGCAGCAGGAUGUUCUCGAACAUACGGGCAAGAUGCAUCUGAGCGUAGCUUCGACUCUCCAACUCCCCAUCCCUUCCACGUCCAUCUUCCGCACUCCCGCCAAGGGUCACCGCGGCUCUGUUACCGCAGCGGUCGCCUCCCACGACGGGCGAUGGCUUUACACGUCAAGCAAAGACGGCGCCAUCCUCAAAUACGACCUCUCCGCCGUUACUUCCCCAUCCGCCGACUCGUCUGCACCAGAGUCUCGACGAAUUACGCGUGCGGCAUACUUCGCCAAAGCGCUAUCCGAAUCGCAGAAGCGAAACGGCGAGAAGCACCAGCGGUUCGAUGAGAAGGACAAGGGGAAGGGGAAGGAGACCGUGCCGGAGGGUCACACGGACGAGAUUCUCGACCUUGCGAUCAGCCAUGAUGGGAAGAUGCUGGCGAGUGCGGGGCGGGAUAAGGUCAUCGGAUGCUGGAACGUCGAGGGCGAGAGCGGGAAGUGGCUGCGAGGACUUGGCGGACACAAGGACGCUGUCGGGUCCAUCGCCUUCCGCCUAGGCACGAACGAGCUGUACUCGUCCUCCUUCGACCGAACAGUCAAGCUCUUCGACCUCUCCACACUCUCGUACAUCGAAACCCUCUUCGGUCACCAAGACUCGAUCCAGUCUAUCGACGCGCUGCGCGGCGAGCUGGCGGUAACGGCAGGAGGUCGCGACAAGACGGUGCGGUACUGGAAGGUGACGGAGGAGAGCCAGCUCGUCUUCCGCGGCGGCGGAGCGAGUCGGCUGCGGAAUGUGCUGGACGGAGCGCUUGAGGAUGAGGGCAUCGAGGAGGAGGAGCGGAAACGGAGACGACGACAGGCGGAGGCGAAGGGUCCGGUCAAGUUCGUCGAGGGCAGCAUCGACUGCGUUGCGAUGGUCGACGACUCGACGUUGCUGAGCGGCGGCGACAGCGGCACCCUCUGUCUUUGGCUCAUCACGAAGAAGAAGCCAAUCUUCAAGGUUGACCUCGCGCACGGCAUCAACGAGCACGCGUCCGAGACCGAGGGAAUCAUCGGCACGCCUCGGUGGAUCACCGCCCUGUCCUGCCUUCCCUACGGCGACGUCUUCGCUUCCGGCUCGUGGGAUGGCCAGAUCCGGCUGUGGAAGAUCGACGAGCGCCUCCGGUCCUUCUCGCCUCUGACGACUAUCGAGGCGCCCGGCUUCGUCAACUCGCUCCAGCUCAUCGCGCCUUCACUCCGACCUGCGAAGGAGUCGCACCUCGCGCCCGUCAGCACCGUCAAGGACAAGAAAGCCGAGCCGGAGCAGAAGAGCCUGAUUGUCGUCGCUGCGACUUCGAAGGAACCGAGGCUGGGGCGGUGGAUGCGGUUCAAGGAAGCCAAGGACGGCGCGAUCGUUGCAGUCAUUCCUAUGCAGUAG